AUGUCCAAGUUUACUAUAGGCCACAUGGAACCAUUUGAUGAGAAGGAUAAUGAUUGGGAAUCGUAUGUGGAACGUUUCUCAUUAUUUAUAAAGUGCAACAGCAUCAAAGAAAAUCAAGUGGUCUCAACAUUAUUAACGAUGAUAGGAAAAAACACAUAUAGGAUAUUCAAAGAUUUAUGUACACCGAGUAAACCAGAGGAAAAUAAGCACCCACAAGGGAUAUGUUAUAUUUAUAACAGAGUACCUUUUGGUAUAAAUGCAUUGGUAGGCAUUUUUUUANACAGAUUUUGUGAAAAAUUAAAACAGAUACCAAACAUAAGAGUGUAUUUUGAUGAAAUACUAAUUUUUGGUGACAGUGAAGAAGAAUAUUUUGAAACAUUAACAGAGGUUAUUGACCUGAUUAAGUCUAGGUCUAACAGUUAG